GUCUGCCUUGCGCUCCACCACGUCUGCUUCCUCCACCCUGUGUUCCUUGCAGACAUCAGCCUGGAGAUUAGCAUCUUCCCGUCGCGCGCAAACACGCCAAAACUCUUCCCAGACACGCUCAGCAGCUUGCAUAGGCGCCUGGCCCUAACCCGUUCAGUUCGUUCAGGGACCUGGCAAGCCCGCUCUCUAGCCGUCGUACAUUUGGAAAUCUCUGACGUUUGCUCUUCGACCUCAUGGUUCAAUCACCAGAACAAAGGGGGAAACACCACCCCAGGGUGAAGAAGUUACAGCCACAGGUAACACCAGGCAUCAUGGGGGCAUCAUGGCCUACCCGUAGUCAAGCUUUACCGUUGUUCAUCCGACAGCCUGAUUUCUGAAUGGCCAACGGUAGGUCGUUCCAGAUUGACGGUGGAGAGAUUCUGUCAUCGGUCCAUCCAGGCCUGUUGUCCCUCCGGCGCGAGGCCAGCCCGCCUGCCAUGCGCUAGGUAAGCUUCGUUCAUAUGGCCUCCUUGUGCCUUGUGCUUUUCACGGUUUCCUCCUGGCUUUCCUUUCUUCACACUCUCCCAUACCCACGGUCCUUACCACUCGCGCUGCAGGCUUUUGCUUGCGUCCAGUCUUUCCUUUCCACUGUUCGGGCCUCUUGUUGCCCAGUCACUCAUUUCAAACUCUGAAGAAGCGCUUUGUUUUUUCGUGCCUUUCAUUCUCUCUUUUUUCCAGUCUUUUACAUCAUGGCUCCGACGAGAUUGACCGCCAGCUUGCUGGCGGCGUUGAGCCUUGCUUCUUCUACUAUCGCAUCACCGAUCGAAAGCUCAUCCAAGAGGGAUUUCGCUACGACGCCAAAAUUGGCAGUAUACUGGGGAAAUGGGAACGCUCAACAGAGACUGGCCGAUUUCUGUCGCGACACGACAAUCGACGUCAUCCCAAUUGGCUUUGUGAAUACCUUCCCGGAUCACUCUGGCAACAAUGGCUACCCGGGGACCAAUUACGCCAAUGCUUGCGGAAGUCCGUACUGGGUUGCCCCGGAUGGCACCCAGACAAAGAUGUUUACAGAAUGUUGGCAGAUCGCCGAGGACAUUCCUGUCUGCCAGGCAUUGGGCAAGAAGAUUCUUGCCUCUAUCGGAGGUGAUACUGCAGGAAACACCAUCUCAUCAACCACUUCGGCCAAGGACUUUGCCGACUUUUUAUGGGGAGCCUACGGUCCGCCUCAGGACACUACUGAGACGUUGUAUCCUCGUCCGUUCGGCCAGAACGUGGUGGAUGGUUUCGACCUAGAUAUUGAGUCUGGUGGUGGCUUUGGGUAUGCGGACUUGGUCACGGAGCUGAGAAGUAAAUUUGCCAGCCAGUCCAAGCAGUACUACAUUUCUGCAGCUCCGCAGUGUGACGUUCCGGAUCCUCAGCUGGCCAACGCGAUCCAGAACGCCGAUUUUGACUAUAUCUUUGUCCAGUACUACAACUCUGCUCGAUGCUCUGCCUCAUCGCUGUUCAGCUCUGGCAAGCUGAACACCGCAACCGACAUCACCUUCGGUUGGGCACACUGGCUGCGGACGUACUCGAAGAAUAAGGCUGUCCAGCUUUAUGUUGGCCUUCCGGCAUCCGAGUCCGCCGCGAACGAUGCCAGCUUCUAUCUGUCUCUACCCGAGGUCAAGGCACUACUUGAGGCGUAUGCGUGCAGCUACACCUAUCGUUCCAUCUUCGGUGGAGUCAUGCUGUGGGAAGCCACCUACUCGGCCAACAACCAGAUCAACGGCAAGAGUUAUGCUCAGAACGUAAAGGAACUCUUCAGCCAGUUGUCUUGUGCUCCUGCUGUAACGACGACCACCACUAGCACGACCACCACCUCGACGACCACGAGCACAACCACAACGACUACUACAACCCAAGCUCCAACGACUACAACUACGACCACGACCACGACUGAAGCUCCAACUACUACUACCACCACAACCACAACCGUAGCCUCAACCACUACUACCACUACUACAUUUGAAGUUCCCACCACUACUACUUCCACCACCACUUCGGAGGCCCCGUCGGCUACUACUACCACUUCCUCAAGGAACGAUGUCGGUCCUAUCGGCGGCACAAGCACCACCACCACCUCGACCACCACCACGGCUACAAUAACUUCCGCGACCAUUACGACAUCCUCGGGCAACGACGUUGGUCCCAUUGGUGGUUCGACCACUACUACAGGUGCAGUAACCACAACCACCACUUCUUUCGACCCCAACACCAGCACGUCCACCACCACUUCUGGCAACGCGGUCGGUCCCGUUGGCGGUGCUACCACCACGACUACCACCACGUCCGCAGUCGGGGCUCCUCAGGGCACCUCUACAUCAACAACCAGCACCACUGUUGCGACAACCACCACGCCCGCCGGUACAUGGGUCGACUGGACCGUCGGAAGCAGCUCCACAAGCACCUCGAGCGUUGUUGUCGGCCCAACCGAGACUUCUGAGACCAGCACCACGACCACCACUCCCUUUGCCUGGCAAGAUUGGUCGGCGACCGUCACAGUGGCUCCUACUACGACCACUGCGUCCGAGACGGUCGCUCCCGAUGUCACCACUACGGUCUUCGUGACUUCGUACGUCGAUAUCUGCCCAACAGGCUUCACCACUCGGCCAUAUACUCUGACCACAACCAUCACCGUUACACCCAGCGCGACGGUCAGCUCCUUCGUCUGGCCCACAGAGACCAACGGCCUUCCAAGCGGCUUCACAACCACCGUGACUGUUUGCACACAGUGCGCCGAGACCACCACCACGGUGACAUUGACAAUUCCCAUUGCCACCGCGACGGCCGUGCUGACUCAGACUGUGGUGCCCGUUGUGGCUGUUCCGGCUUCCAAGACCACCGUUACUGGUGUUGAGACUGAAAUUCCUUCGCCGUCCUUCACAGCAAUUACUUUGGCCUCUUCUGUCCCUGCUACCAUUGUCAGCGCAGCCAAACCCACCGAGACUGUCGUUGUCAACAACGCCGCAGUGCCCGGCGCCCAAGGUUCCGGCUCCAGCUCCAGUUCCAGCUCCAGCUCCAGCGCCUCGACCGCGAUUGCACCGGCGGCUACCUCCAUCAAACCGGCCAGUAACAGCGGAUGGCUUGCCCCUGCAGCUGGCCAAAACUCGACGUCCUCGGUGUCUCCCGCCAUUGCCCCGUACACCGGCGCUGCCGCCCAGCAGCAAUUGCCGGGGACCGUCUUGAGUGUGGCUGUUUGCAUGGCUGUUGCUGCUGUGUCAUUGUUCAUUUAAUUCGAUUAGCCGGAUCUGUCAACUGCAUGAUGUCUUUAUUUUCGGACAUGGUUUGAGCGUGCAAUUCUAAUCUGGGAAGCGAGACGGCCGAAUUGGGUGUGUUUCUGUUUGGACUGCCGAGCAAUUUUUAUGUCGAUUGUUUAGCUGCCAAUACUGAUGCAUUUGCGUUUGUGUGUUCCAUUGGCUGUGUGAGUGAUAUCCAUCACUGUCUUCUGUCGCCCUGAGGGCCUUGCAAAGAUCUUGUUGCAGACAGUUUAUCAAGUGUGCGAGGAAGAGUCGAAUCCAUGCUCAAGGCAAAGCUUGGAACAGCGCAAGGUUGAUGACCUGUUGAGUGGAUCCCUUGUCUUUCGGUACACGGGCCCCACUCAGCGAGAAAACCUGCUCCACGUUCAAGUCUGUUUUUAUCUCCCUGUUCGUGUUGUUUGUCCAUGACCACGGACCGAGUUUUCAUCCAUCUGCAUGUUGUCUAUCUUUCUGCUUUAUACCACUGUUCGUGUACUUCCUGGCCAUAUCGUUUGCCUUUUCUCCCUUUUAUGAUGCUAUUUUCCCCAGCUUUUUAUCCACUUGAUUUCCCAGCUUUGUCUUCCCCCCUGGUGCAGUACUCUGUGCCUGCCCCGCCUGGCCCUCCGGCUUGCUUUUCCGAAGCAAUUCCUCGCCCCGUCCCGACUUGACUUGGAUGCUUUCUGAAGCCAUAUCAACCAUCAGUGUUGUUCCCACUUUCCGCACAAGGCUGAAGACUACGUUUGGCCCUUUUAUUUCUACCCUUGAUUAGUCUCGGUCCCAUCAUAGGGGUCGAUCAAUAUCUCAUGUCUCUGUUCCGUCUUUCAAUGUCCAUCCUGUUCUGCCGCUAUACAACUACCUCCUUCGGGUCCCCCAACAUCGGUUUUUCUUUUGUGUUCUCUCAUAGUUGUCGCCUGCCUCUCUCCCCUACCUAUCUCCUUCCCUAUCUACCUCCUUUCCUUCUUACUAUCUACUUACGACCUUCCUACUUUGCUAUCUCUCUUCUUUCCUUGUUCUCUUCUGUCUUCCUUACCCCCUCCCGCUCUCUCUCUCACUCCCUCAUUCGCUUUCUUGCUCCCUUUCUCUCCUUAGUACUCCCCUCGCACUUUCUCAGCCCCUUGUCUUUCUCACUCCCCAUCUCCCUUCCCCACCCACUCCCUCCCUAUCUACCUAAAGCACUCCUAAGACCUGAAGACUCCCCAAAAGGAGCAGCAAGCAUACCUCAGCUUGCAUAUUUACACUGGCAUCCCCUGCUUUCUGGUCCAUUCAGUCAUAUAUCACACACCACACACCACCUGCUGUAGGUACCAUCGACCCCACCAGUCCUGUUUUCAUCUCUUCCUUCCUCCGUUCAUCCUUCCUUUCCCUGUUUUCACCUUUUUCUUCCCGGGUGCCCUCCCUCCUCAACGCCCAAUUCUUACCGGGCGCCCUCCACCCGAUUCAUUAAUUCACCACUUUAUCACUUUCGAUUUCCAAAUUCCUCCCAACAUUCACAGGUUGCACACACUCCCAUGGUCCAACAUGGGUGGAGGUGUCACACACCUCUACGGUCUCUUGGCCUGAUUGAUUUGUCGCCAUCUUUCACGUCCUGAGAUCCGUGCUCCUGUAGUGCUUGGCACUGGGCGCGUUGAGAGAGCCACACUAUGGAAACCAUCUCCCGACUGACCAUCCCCGACCGACCGAUCCAACAUUGUGGGAUGUGUUUCCUUAUCGGCUCUCUCUCUCUUCCGCAGGUGACCUUAAAUCCAAAACCCAGCCGAGGACAUUAACGGUUCUAUAUACCGACUAUGAGGCGAGGUUAACUCCAACGCGCGAGAUUUUUUUGUCCUUGAAAGGUUUGGGGUUCGCGCUGCGCUUGGAGCAGGCUUCCUUUUUUGUGCCAUGCCCCUAAGGAAAGAAAGUGGUCCAGCACUCGGGGGUUGGGGGUUCGAGUCACGCUGCGCUGGCCAGAUUCUUUUUUGUGCCAUUGUUUUUCCUGUCCGAUGAUGAUGACAGUGUGUUUUGGUUCUGGUAUCGAUCCAUUUCACGUGAGAUUACUUGCUGUCCUUGCUUUCUUCCUUGCACUUCCAAGGUCGAACUGUGAUUUGAGAUGACCAAGGUCAUCACCGUGCAGUGCCCUGUAUUCCUACUUGCUUAUGUACGAGCGAAUCCACGUAUAUUUACACAUUUGUACCUUGCUUCCGUCUGAAGUGUGGGACUACUCUAUUUGACUGUGAUGUUAUUGUAUCUAGUGCACAGCUACCAGCGACGGAGGAGAGAGACUCAGAGAUGUUCAGGGCUCUGCGAGACAGCUACAGUUCAUUGCUCAAUCAACGGCUUCACUUCCAUUCCA